AUGACAACCCUAACUCUCCUCACCACUUUAUUCUUCUUCUUCUUGAUGACUCUCUCUUCAUCUACUAACCCAAAAAACUUCACCAUCGAGCUUAUCCACCGUGACUCUCCCCAUUCCCCACUCUACAACCCACAAACCAACCUCACUGACCGUCUCAACGCAGCUUUCCUCCGCUCCAUCUCUCGUUCCCGCCGCUUCAACCACAACUCCCAAACCGAUCUCCAGUCCGGUCUAAUAGGAGCAGGAGGCGAGUUCUUCAUGAGUAUCACCAUCGGUACUCCACCAAUCAACGUCCUCGCGAUAGCCGACACAGGGAGUGACUUAACUUGGAUCCAAUGCAAACCAUGUCAACAGUGUUACAAAGAGAACGGUCCAAUCUUCGACAAAACUCAAUCCUCUACUUACAAGAGCCUUCCUUGCGAGUCACGUCACUGCAACUCUUUAUCUACCAACGAACGUGGUUGUGACGAGUCUAAAAACGUAUGCAAAUACCGUUACUCGUACGGAGACAAGUCGUUUACUAAAGGUGACGUGGCGACAGAAACUAUAUCUAUUGACUCUGCUUCAGGCUCUCCUGUCUCUUUCCCCGGAACUGUGUUCGGUUGCGGUUAUAACAACGGUGGUACCUUCGACGAGACUGGUUCUGGUAUCAUCGGUCUCGGUGGCGGUCAGUUAUCACUAAUCUCCCAGCUUGGUUCGUCGAUUUCUAAUAAAUUCUCUUAUUGCUUGUCGCACAAGUCAUCUACCGUAAACGGCACAAGCGUGAUAAACCUAGGAACAAGCUCGAUUCCUUCCGGUCUUGACAAGGCUUCUUCCCACGUGGUGAUAUCUACUCCGUUGGUCGAUAAAGAGCCGAAGACUUAUUAUUACUUGACGCUUGAAGCUAUCUCCGUCGGCAAAACCAAGAUUCCGUACACCGGGAGUUCUUAUUACCCUAACAACGACGACGUAUCGAUGGAGGGGAACAUUAUAAUAGACUCGGGGACGACGCUGACGCUACUUGAAUCUGGUUUUUACGAUAGGUUUGGCGAGGCGGUGGAGGAAGCAGUGACUGGAGCUAAGCGUGUGAGUGAUCCACAGGGGCUUUUGUCGCAUUGUUUCAAGUCAGGGAGUGCGGAGAUUGGUUUGCCGGAGAUAACGGUGCACUUCACCGGAGCCGACGUGAAGCUGAGUCCUCUCAAUGCGUUUGUGAAAAUGAGUGAAGAUAUGGUUUGCAUGAGUAUGAUUCCGACCACUGAAGUUGCCAUCUUUGGGAACUUUGCUCAGAUGGAUUUUCUCGUUGGGUAUGACUUGGAGACGAGGAGAGUCUCGUUUCAACGUAUGGAUUGUACCAAUACUAUAUGA